AUGGCGUCAAUUGUGACCAAAAGACUGGCUCGGCAGCCUUCCUGUACUAGGCGGACUGGGUUGGAGCUUGCUCGCAGCUUCUCGAGCAGUCCAUCGCUGUGCGCAGGACACAACAGGUGGUCGCAAAUCAAGCACGGCAAAGCAAAGAAUGACAAGGCAAAGAGCAGAGAGCGACAGAUGGUCGCGAAAGAGAUCAGCUCGGCUGUUCAGAUGUGGGGACCCGAUCUGAAAUUCAACCCACGGCUUACCCUUGCCCUUUCAAACGCAAAACGUGCCGGAAUUCCCAAAACAAUAAUCGAGGCAGCCAUUGCUCGAGGCCAGGGACUGAGCAUUACCGGAGAAGCGCUGGAGCCAGUAACAAUUGAAGCAAUCCUACCACAUUCUGUUGCCGCCGUAAUCGAAUGCCUAACUGAGAGCAAGGCUCGGCUAUUGCAGGAUGUACGGCAUGCUAUUAAAGAAGCUGGCGGCACCGCGACCCCGACUGCAUACCUCUUUGAGAAGAAAGGGCGGAUAGUGUUUGAGAAAAAAGACGGUGUCAGCGCGGACGACUGCUUGGAGCAGGCCAUAGAAGCGGGAGCCACGGAUAUAUCCUCAGAUGAAGAAGGGCGUAUUAUUGUUUUCACUGAACCAACGGCGACUAAGAAUGUUGGUGAAACACUUUCCAAGCUAGCUGGUCUAACUGUUGAAGAGCUUGAAAUUAUUUGGGCCCCGAACCAGGAUACGCUGGUAGAAUUGAAGGACGAACAGGUACAGGAGAUUGAGGAGAUAUUAGCUUUUCUCAGGGACGAAGCCGGUGUCCGUGACAUAUAUCUGAAUACGACUCAAGCUUUAUGA